GCUGUAUGUAUCUUGGUAAAGCCUUGGCAAGAGUCCUCAAUCAGCUUCUACAACACUGUGUCAAAUUUCUUUGUGAGAGGCACUUGGAUACCUCGGUGAUAAGUGCUUUAUAAAUGCUUGGAUUGUCUGUCACCGAGUGGUUUCAGAGUACCACUGAUGUGAUCUUUAUUUUCUUCCAACUCCAGAAAAGGAAGAUAAAUGCUGGGAACUUUUAUCUGCUUAAGAAGAAUUCAGGAAGCUAAGUAAAAUCUUUCCUCAAGUUAUUUCCACUACUAGGAGGAAAAUCUACUGCAGGAGGAAAAGGAUGAAAAGAUGGCUGACUUUUCACUACUGUGUUCUAACCAUUUCCGCCAGUUCACACGUGAAUCUUUGGCUGCUAUUGAGAAGCGAAUUGCUGCCAACAAGAAAUACAAAGACCAGCAACCUAAAGAGAAACCUCGUCCCCAACUUGACCUGCAGGUUUUCCAAAAGCUGCCUACUCUCUAUGGGAAUCCUCCUCAGGAGCUUGUUGGGAAACCACUGGAGGAUCUUGACCCUUAUUACAAUGAUCACAAGACAUUUAUGGUAUUGAACAAAAGGAAAACAAUCUUCCGAUUUACUGCCACACGUGCCUUGUGUAUACUUAGCCCUUUUAAUCCGAUCAGAAGAACAGCGAUUAAAAUUUCGGUACAUUCAUUGUUCACUAUUUUUAUUAUGUGCACUAUUUUAACCAAUUGUGUCUUCAUGGCUAUAUUUGAGACCCGUAGGAAGAUUAAGUCACCUAAAUUUCGUGACUGGAGAAAGUAUGUUGAGUACACGUUCACAGCCAUUUACACUUUUGAAGUAUUGAUAAAAAUAUUGGCAAGAGGAUUCUGUCUGAAUGAAUUCACUUUCCUUCGCGAUCCGUGGAAUUGGUUGGAUUUCAGUGUCAUUGCUAUGGCAUAUGCAGGGGAGUUUAGUGAUCUAGGCAAUGUUUUGGCCCUUCGUACAUUCAGGGUUCUGAGAGCUUUAAAAACUAUUUCAAUACUCCCAGGACUGAAGGUCAUCGUAGGUGCACUGAUCCAGUCUGUUAAGAAACUUACUGAUGUGAUGAUCCUGACCCUUUUCUGCUUGAGUGUCUUUGCCCUCAUAGGCCUCCAGCUCUUUAAAGGCAAUUUGAGACAUAAGUGUGUCAGGAAUUUUAACUCCACCAAUGGAACUAUUUAUUUGGAUGACAAAAAAUGGGGCUCCUUUGAUGAGUUUAUUAAUGAUACAGAAAAUGUUUUGAAGAAGAAUGGCACCAAGGAUGCCUUAUUGUGUGGCAACAGCUCAGAUGCUGGCUCCUGUCCACCUCAAUAUGUAUGUCUCAAAGUUGGGGGAAAUCCUGAUUUUGGCUACACAAGUUUUGAUACAUUUGGCUGGGCCUUUCUUUCCUCGUUCCGCCUGAUGACACAAGAUUACUGGGAGCGUCUCUAUCAACAGACUCUCAGAGCUUCUGGGAAGAUCUACAUGCUCUUUUUUAUGCUGGUCAUCUUUGUGGGCUCAUUUUAUCUGAUCAACUUGAUCCUGGCUGUAGUGACUAUGGCAUACGAAGAGCAGAACAAAGCUACUAUUGCUGAAACUGAGGCAAAGGAAAGGAGGUUUCAGGAAGCCAUGGAACUGUUGAAAAAAGAGCAAGAGGCAUUGGCUGCUAAAGGAAAUGAUUCAAAGUCACUUUGCUCCUUUGAAAUGUCACCUUUACCCUCCAAAGAAGUCAAAGAUAGAAGCAAUAGGAGAAAUAAAAAUAUGUCCUUAGGGAUAGAAGAUUAUGGGGAAGUUCAAAAAGUUCCCAAAUCACAGUCCAGUAGCCAUCAACAAAACCUGACCCCUGUAUGUGGUGAAGUGAGCAAGAAGCAUUUGCCCCAUCAUCUGACAGUGGACUAUUUUAAUGAGCCACUACAAAGUCAAAGGGCAACUGGGGCAGUCAGUACCAUUACCUGUGUCCUGGAGGAAUCGCAACAGAAAUGCCCUCCCUGCUUGAAGGACUUUGCCCUAAAAUAUCUUAUUUGGGACUGUUGUCCACUGUGGUUGAGAAUCAAGAAAAAGGUGGCAAUUUUAGUAAUGGAUCCAUUUACUGACCUCACUAUCACUCUUUGCAUCGUGAUGAAUACUGUCUUCAUGGCACUAGAGCACUAUAAAAUGACAAAAAAAUUAAAAAUCAUGAUUGACGUAGGCAACAAGGUCUUUACUGGAAUUUUUACUGCAGAAGUGAUCUUGAAAAUCAUUGCUCUAGAUCCCUACUACUAUUUUCAGCAGCGCUGGAAUAUUUUUGACAGCAUAAUUGUCACCGUAAGCUUAAUUGACCUGAGUUUACACACCAAAGCUAAAGGAAGAAAAGCACAUGGAAACCUGUUAGUUUUACGUUCCUUCAAACUGCUGAGGGUCUUCAAACUGGCAAAGUCCUGGACAACUUUGAAUACACUUAUUAAAAUCAUUGGUAACUCAGUGAGUGCUAUGGGUAACCUCACCCUGGUUCUGGCAAUCAUAGUCUUUAUAUUUGCUGUAGUAGGAACGCAACUUUUUGGUAAAAGCUACAAAGAACAUUGCUCUAAAAUAAGUGACGAUUGCAAGCCACGUUGGCAUAUGAUGGAUUUUUUCCACUCAUUCCUUAUUAUAUUCCGAAUUCUGUGUGGAGAAUGGCUUGAAACCAUGUGGGAUUGUAUGGUGGUAGCUGGGCAACCAUUAUGCCUUAUUAUCUUCUUGCUGGCCAUGGUGAUAGGAAACCUAGUGGUUCUCAACCUGUUCAUUGCACUACUGCUGAAUUCCUUCAGUGCUGACAACCUCCAAGCACCCGAAGAUGAUGCAGAGAUGAACAACCUUCAGAUCGCAUUUGCUCGGAUCCACAAAGGACUUCGCUUGCUGAAACAUGCAACAUGGGAUUACUGUUGUGGAAAGCUCCGGCAACCAAAGAAAGCCACCAAAAAGAAAAUGAAAUUGGCUGCUGAGAACACAUGUGUGGAGAUUGGGAAAGAAGGGAAGAAUUGUAAAGAAAAUCACAGAGACAAUGUGACUGAGAAGAAUGGAGAGAAAGGCUCUGUUAGCAUUCUUGAAGAUUUUAUCACCAACCCCAACAAGUUUGUCUGCGUCCCUAUUGCUGAAGCAGAAUCUGAUAGUGAAGACUGUGAAGAAGAUGAUAAUAAUUCAAGUACAGUCACAGAAAUGGAGUACAGUAAACAGCAGCUUGAUAACAUCAGCUGUUCUGAAGGCAGCACAGUAGAUCUGACAAAUCCUGAGGAGCUUCUGAAACAGAUCCCUGAGCUGGCUGAAUACUUAAAGAAACCUGAUAACUGUUUUCCAGAAGGCUGUAUUCGACAUUCCCCUUGCUGUUCACUCAAUACCACAAAGUUUCCAGGCAAAACAUGGUGGAACCUGAGGAAAACAUGCUACAAAAUUGUUGAACACAACUGGUUCGAAAGCUUUAUCAUAUUCGUGAUUCUGCUAAGCAGUGGAAGCCUGGCAUUUGAAGAUAUACAUCUUGAGAAAAGAAAAAACAUUAAAAUGAUGUUGGAAUUUUUUGAUAAAAUCUUCACUUAUAUCUUUGUCCUGGAGAUGUUUCUGAAAUGGGUGGCCUAUGGCUUCAAGAAAUAUUUCACCAAUGCCUGGUGUUGGCUUGACUUCCUAAUUGUAGGUGUCUCUUUAGCAAGUCUUAUAGCUAACUCACUUGGAUAUGCCGAAAUGGAACCCAUGAAAUCCCUUAAAAUCCUGAGAGCCUUGAGACCAUUAAGGGCAUUGUCACAAUUUGAAGGGAUGAGGGUGGUUGUGAAUGCCUUAGUAGGUGCCAUCCCUUGCAUCAUGAACGUUGUGCUUGUCUGCCUCAUUUUUUGGCUCGUUUUUAGUAUCAUGGGAGUGAACCUAUUUGCAGGAAAAUUUGGAAAAUGCGUAAACUUGACUGAAGAAAAAUCAGAAAUAAAUAACAGUAUUAAGAACAAAUCGGAUUGUUCAAAGUAUAAUGACACGCAAAAAAUAUAUUGGAUAAAUGUUACAGUCAACUUUGAUAAUGUUGGUUCUGGUUAUCUGGCUCUUCUUCAGGUGGCAACAUUUAAAGGUUGGACAGACAUUAUGUAUGCAGCAGUAGAUUCACGAGGGAAAGACAAACAGCCAAUGAAGGAAGAUAAUCUAUACAUGUACCUCUAUUUUGUGGUUUUCAUCAUCUUUGGAUCUUUCUUCACACUGAAUCUCUUUGUUGGUGUCAUUAUUGACAAUUUUAACCAACAAAAGAAAAAGUUAGGUGGACAAGACAUCUUUAUGACAGAAGAACAGAGAAAAUAUUAUAACGCAAUAAAAAAACUGGGAUCCAAGAAACCCCAAAAACCUAUCCCAAGGCCAUUGAACAAAUACCAAGGGGUUUUUUUUGACAUUGUAACAAGCGAAGCCUUUGACAUUAUCAUCAUGAUUCUCAUCUGCCUUAACAUGAUCACUAUGAUGGUGGAAACUGAUGAUCAAAGUAUAAGGAAGACUGACAUUCUUAACAAAAUCAACAUGUUCUUUGUUGCCAUCUUUACUGUAGAAUGCAUCGUGAAAUUAUUGGCUCUGAGACACUACUAUUUCACCAAUGGCUGGAACAUAUUUGAUUUAAGUGUGGUCAUUAUGUCUAUUGUUGGUACUCUGGUUUCUCACAUUGUUAAUGCAUUUGAAAAUUACUUCUCACCUACACUCUUCAGAGUCAUUCGGUUGGCUCAGAUUGGACGAAUACUAAGACUUGUCCGAGCUGCCAAAGGAAUUAGAACUCUCCUUUUUGCCUUAAUGAUGUCCCUUCCUGCUCUUUUCAACAUUGGCCUCUUACUUUUUCUGGUCAUGUUUAUUUAUGCCAUUUUUGGCAUGGCUAACUUUGCUUAUGUUCAGUGGGAGAGUGGGAUUGAUGACAUGUUCAACUUCCAAACCUUUGCUAAUAGUAUGCUCUGUCUCUUCCAAAUGACAACAUCUGCUGGCUGGGAUGGUCUUCUCAGUCCUAUUUUAAACACUGGACCUCCUUUUUGUGAUCCAAACAUACAAGGUGUUGUGGGAGAAUGUGGUAAACCUGCUGCGGGUAUUAUUUUCUUUGUAAGUUACAUCAUUAUAUCAUUUCUCAUUGUUGUAAACAUGUAUAUAGCUGUUAUUUUAGAGAACUUCAAUGCUGCCACUGAAGAAAGUACAGAUCCUGUGGGUGAAGAUGACUUUGAUAUGUUUUAUAAAAUCUGGGAGAAGUUUGAUCCUGAAGCAACUCAAUUUAUUGAGUAUUCUGCACUUUCAGACUUUGCAGAUGCUUUGGCAGAACCUUUACGCAUAGCCAAACCAAACAAAAUUGAGCUCCUAGCAAUGGACCUUCCCUUGGCUAGCGGAGAUAGGAUCCACUGUUUGGAUAUUUUGUUUGCUUUUACCAAACGGGUGCUAGGAGAAUCUGGGGAGAUGGACAAACUAAAAGAACAGACAGAGGAAAAGUUUAUGGCUGCCAAUCCAUCCAGGUUUUUUCAUGAACCAAUCACAUCCACGCUCAGACACAAAGAAGAGGAGGUUUCUGCCAUUAUUAUCCAGAGGGCCUAUAGGAGACAUUUGAUUCAACGGUCCAUGAAGCAGGCCUCUCUCUUAUAUCACAGAACUUGUGAUGGUGACAUCCUUGAAGAUGCUUCACAGAAGGAAGGUCUCAUUGCAUUCAUGAUGAAUGAAAAUUAUGGUAGGAAUCUAGACAAGUCUGAGACUGUGUCUUCAACAUCUUUCCCUCCAUCCUAUAACAGUGUCACCGGGGACACUAAUGACAACCUCCAGGUAAAGACGGUGGACUCUUCCAAAUGUGAUGUACCUAUAGGUUGUCAGCUAUCUCCAGACAAAGAUAAAGAAUACAUUGUUUAAUAUUUUGUUAAUAAUGCUUUAAAAUAUUCACAGAAGAUAAUGAUGUAAAUAUACAGCAACCAAAGCAGCCUUCUUUUUAAACAUUAGUUGCAAAAGAAACUAAGGUACUUCUAUCCUUAACUAUGGGAGUUCAUAAGCUGUCACCUUUGACCUUGCUACAUUCAACUUUACUCAAUGUUUAUAUUUAGAUAUACCUAGGAAGUAUCUGUGUAGAGUCAUAACUGUUAUAUUGGUGGCAGUUGUGAAUUAAGGCAGAAUCCUUGGUAUCUUAUUACUAUGGCCCAGUCACAGAGCUGAUUAGAGCUGCACUUUGCUUACUUCUGCUAACCAAACACCCACCCAUUUAGAUUGGUUUGCCUCGUUGUGAACCAAGUUCAAGAAGUGGAAAAUAAGUUUCAAGAUAUCUGGAAAGAAAUAGCUGUCUGGGAAAGGAGUGGGAGAAAAUAUAAUGGUUUGUUAGGGUUUUGAAGUAGGGGGAGAGGGUGUAAACCUGGUAGACUAAUGACCCCCAAUCUUUUCAGUUCUGUGACCCAUAUACUAUAAACAUAGCUAUUGCAUGAACCAUUGAUAUGUCAAACUGUACUGGAACUCCUCCAAUAUGAUGAAUUUAAACAAUAGCCAUGGUAUGUAUACUAUUGUAGUCAAGUUACUGCAGUAUAAUGACAAUAAAUGUAAUACUUAACAUUCCAAAAACAGUAAUGAAUUACAUUAGAAUUUUUUUUUACACAAAACUGAACUGCUUUUCCUCUGGAAUUAUGAAGUUGGCAUCUUUAUCUUCAUCAUGUUUUCUUUCUAAAGAUCUUUGUGACUCUUAUGACAUCAUGAUAUCAUUAGCCUGGACUUCUCCACAAAGAACUCUACACCUUGGCCUGCCUUCAGUCUCUUCUACCAUGUGUGUAAAUACUUAUUUGAGAUGCAUGGGUUCAUACUUUCUGUAUGAACCAUUUUGCUUUUCAUUUACUGAUUUGUCUUCCUUUCUUUUGCAUUGUUAGGUAUUCAGAGCCACAAGACCACUCAAGUCUCUCUUGACACUUACACUGCAUAUUUAAAACUGUUAAUUGUAUAUGUAAAUCACUUUUCAAGAUAAGAUUUUUAAAAAGUGGCAAGAUUCAUGUGACUAUCAAGGGUGACUGGUCCAGGGGAGGCACAGCUUUCCUUUCUUCCCCACAGUGUUUUCAGACAGAAAAAAAGCUUGGCUUUGUGGCUGAGGCACUGGACUGGGACUCUGAUCUGGGUUCAGUUCCUUGCUUGGCUACAGACUUUCCAUAUGACCAUAGGAAAAUCACGUCUGACUGCAGUGCAGAUGUACCUUAAUCUGUCUUUCACUCAGUUCCUCCUCUAUAAAAUGGGAAUAUUAAUACUUCCUUUAAUAAAUCUCCCUUUCUCCCACUUUUGUCUAUCUAUUUAGAUUGUGAGCUCUUUGGGCAGGGACUGGCUCUUACUAUGCAUACGUACAGUGCCUUGCACAGUGUGGUCCCAGUCUUAAUUGAGGCUUCACGGUACUAUUUGAAUACAAAAAAUAAUAAAUAAUAUUUAUAAUGC